AUGGCGCUCUCAACAAAAACGACAUUCAUCGCGUCAACCUUUCCCGAAAACCCGCUCAAAACGGCCGACUUCUCGCCACCAGCGUCCUCCUGCUCGGGCAUCUACCUCACCAACAACGUCUACGCCAUCGACAAUGACUCGAAAUGCCUACCCAACAAGUUCAACGGCGCCAGCACGGCCUUCUACUCCCCCGGAACCGUCUGCCCCACGGGCUACACCGCGCAACCUCAGUGCUCGCGCAACGGCGGUGUGCGCUCUAUCACGACCGUUACAUGCUGUCCAUACCGCGGAGAUAUGACGCUAUCGUGUGUCGAGGACGACAUGACGCUUGCCAACGUGUGGGAGACACAAUUCUGCACGUGGAUGGCGGGCCCUGCGACGGUCGUUGAUAUUACACGGACGGACAAUGGUGUGGUGGCUACGCAGGCUGUUACGAUGUCGGACCGUGAUGGCGUGAACGCGUGGGGUAUCAGGAUGGUGUAUCAGGCAAGCGAUCUCGUGCCCAAGACGACCUCGGGAGCAUCAAUUGCGUCGGCAACGGCAACGGGAACGGCGGCGGCGGGAAGCGGUGUGACAUCGGGUGCGAGUGCGACUGGAACGGCGGCCGGAGCGGACAACACCAGCGGCAGCGCGACCGGCGCCGCCACAUCGGGAGCGAGUUCAGGUGGUCUGUCAACGGGCGGCAUCGUCGCUGUAGCAGUCGUCGUCCCCGUCGUCGCGAUAGCAGCGCUCGUGGGCCUGUUCUUGUGGUGGAGGCGGCGGAAGCACCGGUACGCGGGCGUGAAGCCCGCUGAGACGCCCACAGCACCUGAGAUGGAUGGGUCGUCGGCCAUGGGGUCUCAGAGCGCGUACGCGUACCAGAACCAGCAGUACGCGCAGCAACAGCACAAUGGGCAGUAUCCCCAGGCGUCACCGCCUGCAUCGGAAAUGGUUGGGACCGACAUGGCUGGGUAUUACAACAACGACAAGGUCCUCAUGAACCCCGGUGGCCAGCAUCAAGGCGCAGGGCACACGCAAUACAAAGGGUAUACACACCCCCAGCCGCCUGUAGAGUUGGCUAGCGGGGAGGGGCCUACGGAGUUGCCUGCUGAUAAUGAUCGGAGGUGA